AGGAAAAGGAUGGGGGGAGGAGUUUCCCCCUUUAUCUUGGCGGGUCACGCACAAUCCCUUUCCUUUACCAAGAUGGCGGCUGGUCCUUCGUAUUCGGCAUAGCUGUGCUGCGAGCCCAUGCGAGAAGCUGGCAGGCUGACAAACAGGCAGCUCACAGGACGGACUUUCUGGCUACUGACCAUUUAGCUGUGGCAUACCCGGAUUGUGCGUGGGUGGGAAAUCGACCAUGAGCUCCGUGGCAGUUUUGACCCAGGAGAGCUUUGCUGAACAUCGCAGCGGCCUUGCUCAGCAGCAAGUGAAAGUUGCAGCUUUAAAUGCUGAAGAAGAAAAUGACCCUCCAACUUACAAGGAUGCCUUCCCUCCUCUCCCUGAGAAAGCAGCAUGUUUGGAGCCAGCCCAGGAACCUGCUGGUGCCUGGAGCAAAAUCCGACCAAUCAAGGCUUCUGUCAUCACUCAGGUGUUCCAUGUGCCGCUGGAAGAGAGGAAAUACAAGGACAUGAACCAGUUUGGGGAAGGGGAGCAGGCCAAAAUCUGCUUGGACAUCAUGCAGAAGACGGGAGCUCACCUGGAGCUGUCUCUCGCAAAGGAUCAGGGACUCUCGAUCAUGGUCUCUGGCAAGCUAGAAGCAGUGAUGAAGGCUCGAAAGAAGAUCGUAGCUCAGCUUCAGACACAGGCUUCAGCAACGGUGCCCAUUCCCAAGGAGCAUCAUCGCUUUGUCAUUGGCAAAAGUGGAGAGAAGCUGCAGGACCUUGAGCUCAAAACUGCCACUAAGAUCCAGAUCCCCCGCCCGGAUGACCCCAGCAACCAGAUCAAGAUCACCGGCACCAAGGAAGGGAUUGAGAAGGCGCGGCAUGAGAUCCUGCUGAUCUCUGCUGAGCAGGAUAAGCGUGCAGUUGAAAGGUUGGAGGUGGAGAAGGUAUAUCAUCCCUUCAUUGCUGGCCCUUUCAACAAGCUGGUCGGUGAGAUCAUGCAGGAGACAGGGACACGCAUAAACAUCCCACCUCCCAGCGUCAACAGAACGGAGAUAGUCUUCACUGGAGAAAAGGAGCAGCUGGCCCAAGCAGUUGCUUGUGUUAAGAAGAUCUACGAGGAGAAGAAGAAGAAGACUACCACCAUUGCUGUGGAGGUGAAGAAGUCCCAGCAUAAGUACGUCAUCGGUCCCAAAGGGAACUCCCUGCAGGAGAUCUUGGAGAAAACUGGAGUCUCGGUCGAGAUACCACCCACAGACAGCAGCUCAGAGACUGUGAUACUGCGUGGCGAACCUGAAAAGCUUGGGCAGGCACUGACUGAAGUCUAUGCCAAGGCCAACAGUUUCACAGUCUCCUCUGUCUCCGCCCCCUCUUGGCUUCACCGUUUCAUCAUUGGCAAGAAAGGGCAAAACCUGGCCAAAAUCACCCAGCAAAUGCCAAAGGUUCACAUAGAAUUCACUGAAGGAGAAGAUAGAAUCACUCUGGAGGGACCCACUGAAGAUGUCAACAUGGCUCAAGAACAAAUCGAGAACAUGGUCAAGGAUCUGAUUAACCGGAUGGAUUAUACUGAAAUCAAUAUUGACCAUAAAUUCCACAGACAUCUCAUUGGAAAGAGUGGAGCCAACAUCAACAGGAUUAAGGAUCAGUACAAAGUGUCUGUGCGAAUCCCUCCAGACAAUGAGAAGAGCAACCUCAUCAGAAUUGAAGGAGACCCUCAGGGAGUUCAAGAGGCCAAGAGAGAGCUGCUGGAACUUGCAUCGCGUAUGGAAAAUGAACGCACAAAGGACCUGAUCAUUGACCAGAAAUUCCAUAGAACUAUCAUUGGGCAGAAGGGUGAACGGAUUCGGGAUACCCGGGAUAAAUUUCCAGAGGUUAUUAUCAACUUCCCAGAUCCUUCACACAAGAGUGACAUUGUCCAACUUAGAGGACCCAAGAAUGAGGUGGAAAAAUGCACAAAGUACAUGCAGAAGAUGGUGGCAGAUCUGGUUGAAAACAGCUACUCCAUUUCAGUUCCCAUCUUCAAACAAUUCCACAAGAACAUCAUUGGGAAAGGAGGUGCAAAUAUCAAAAAGAUCCGUGAAGAAUGCAGCACCAAGAUUGAUCUCCCAGCAGAGAAUAGCAAUUCGGAGACAAUUAUCAUUACAGGGAAAAGAGCCAACUGUGAAGCUGCUCGCAAUCGGAUUCUCUCCAUCCAAAAAGAGUUGGCUAACAUUGCAGAGGUGGAGGUCUCCAUCCCUUCCAAGCUGCACAACUCGCUCAUUGGUGCCAAAGGUCGUUUCAUCCGCUCCAUCAUGGAGGAAUGCGGUGGGGUUCACAUCCACUUCCCCACAGAAGGCUCCGGCAGCGAUACAGUCACCAUCAGGGGCCCUGCCCAGGACGUUGAAAAGGCCAAGAAACAGCUCCUACAACUGGCAGAAGAGAAGCAAACAAAGAGUUAUACUGUGGACUUGCGUGCCAAACCGGAGUACCACAAGUUCCUGAUUGGCAAAGGAGGCGGUAACAUUCGCAAGGUGCGUGAUAAUACUGGUGCCCGGAUUAUCUUCCCCACCUCAGAGGACAAAGAUCAGGAGCUGAUUACUAUCAUGGGAACAGAGGAAGCUGUCAAAGAGGCCCAGAAGGAGCUGGAAGUGCUCAUCAAGAACCUGGACAAUGUGAUUGAAGAUUCCAUGACGGUGGACCCUAAGCAUCACCGGCACUUUGUCAUCCGGAAAGGGCAGGUGCUACGGACCAUUGCAGAGGAGUAUGGGGGUGUGAUGGUCAGCUUUCCACGCCCUGGCACACAGAGUGACAAGGUCACCCUUAAAGGAGCAAAGGACUGUGUGGAAGCGGCAAAGAAGCGCAUCUUGGAGAUCAUUGAUGACUUGGAAGCCCAGGUGACAAUAGAAUGCACCAUUCUUCAGAAGUAUCACCGCUCUAUUAUGGGCCCCAAAGGUUCCAGGAUCCAGCAGAUCACCCGCGACCAUGGUGUUCAGAUCAAAUUCCCAGACCGGGAGGAGAACGUGGCUCCCACUGCAGAGUCGCCAGCCCAGGAGAAUGGCAAAGAGGGUGGAGAAGGGAAGGAGAACAAAGAAACAGAUCCUGGCUCCCCAAAGAAAUGUGAUACUAUCAUAAUCUCUGGUCGUCGAGAGAAGUGUGAGGCAGCAAAAGAAGCCCUGCAGGCACUGGUUCCAGUUACCAUUGAAGUAGAAGUUCCUUUCGACCUUCAUCGUUUCAUCAUUGGUCAGAAGGGCGUUGGAAUCAGGAAAAUGAUGGACGAGUUUGAGGUGAACAUCCAAGUCCCUGCCCCAGAGCUUCAGUCUGACAUCAUCUCUAUCAGUGGGCUUGCUACUAACCUGGACCGUGCCAAGGCCAGACUUCUUGAGAGGGUGAAGGAGCUGCAAGCUGAGCAAGAGGAUCGGGCUUUGCGAAAUUUUAAGCUGACUGUUGCUGUGGAGCCCAGAUACCACCCUAAAAUCAUUGGCAGGAAAGGGGCUGUGAUCACUCAAAUCCGCACAGAGCAUGAUGUCACCAUACAAUUUCCAGAUAAGGAUGAUGAAUCUCAGUCCCAGGAUCAGAUCACCAUCACUGGUUAUGAGAAGAAUACUGAAUCUGCCCGAGAUGCCAUCAUGAAGAUUGUUGGUGAAUUGGAGCAGAUGGUAUCUGAGGACAUCACUCUGGACCAUCGUGUUCACGCCCGCAUUAUCGGAGCGCGGGGGAAAGCCAUCCGCAAGAUCAUGGAUGAGUUCAAGGUGGACAUCCGCUUCCCCCAGAGUGGAGCUGCUGAUCCAAAUUGUGUGACUGUGACUGGACUCCCUGAGAAUGUGGAGGAAGCCAUUGAUCAUAUCCUGAACCUGGAGGAGGAAUAUCUGGCAGAUGUGGUGGACAAUGAGGCAAUGCAAGUCUACAUGAAACCACCUGCUCAUGGGGAAGCUAAGGCUGCAUCAAAGGGAUUUGUGGUGAGAGAUGCCCCCUGGACACCAGGAAACACCGAGAAGGCCCCUGACAUGACCAGUUCUGAAGAUUUCCCAAGUUUUGGAGCUCAGGUGGCCCCCAAAACUCUACCUUGGGGUCCUAAGCGGUAAUAGCGUGGAAGCAGCAAUCUUGUCCAGCCACCUGCCACAAGGUUUCCUUUCUGAAUUCUGAUCUAGUGGCUGGAUCCAGUGCAGAUUGCCCAUGGGGGUCUCUUAAUGAAACUAGAGUGCUACCCCU